AUGGCGAAUACAAAUAUCAUGGUUACGGACACCUCAUGGGGGACUACGCUGGUUCAUCCGAGUGAGGCUGUAUCGGCUUUCCAGGAUUACUGUGACCCUGCGAUCAAGGGACGGCGUACCGACGUUGGCGAAGAUGAAGCGUCACCGGGUUGUGGUGGCAACAAGGAUGCUGAUCGCUCGGUGUAUGCCAGGACUGGGAUCUCCGUUGUUGAUGGACAUCCGGCGACGGAUUCAGAGGAUGAGUGA